GUUUUUCCAGUCGAAGUUUCGCAGUCGGUGUGAUUAUACCGUUUCGUGUUGAACGGCGGCAGCCGCCUUUUAACCGUGCGCCGCUCGCCGCACCCACACGCGCGCGCGCCAUCGCGCGCCCGCCGCCGUACUUACACGCACGUGGACACGACGCCGUACAUUAUUAUUAUUAUUAUUAUUAUUAUUACACUAUAGUCGUAUCGUUUUCGACCGUUUUUCCGACGUCCGUCGCCGAAGCCACACAGCAUCGUCCGUUGACUAUAAAAUUAAUUAUACCUACUGAUAUAUAUUUUUUUUUUAAUCGUUUCAGUGUGGAAUAGUGCAAUAAUUUAUUUAUUAAUCGCUGGUGUUUUUUUUACCGGUCGUGCGCUUAUCGCUAUCGCCCGUCAUAGUUCGGUCCCGUCGCUCCGACCGCGUAAGAUACUCGCGGUGUACGUCAGUUUUCGGUCUUCGUUCGGUUAUUUUAAUCUUUCAAUAAGCGCAAAACGUCCGCGGAAAAACACGAGUUAUUGAUUGGGCACGAGCGGAGUUUUUGUUUUCGCCUCGCUCGCCGUCCGUGGCGCGCGCGCUUCCCGCCACCGCCGCCGACGACAACGUUGUCGCUGACGACGACGACUACGGAGACGACGACGACGACGAUAACGCGGCAACGAGUGUUUUUCCGAGAACUCUUUUCGCAACUCCUCCGUUCGCCGCCGCCGCUCCCGCACGCGCCGAUAUUGUCCCGCCCGGGUCAGGCUCUUGGCGCGCGCGUUACCGCCACCACCGGCACAGACCGGUCGCGCGCGCCGCGUUCGUGACUAGGCCGCUGACCGGUGUGAGCCACAUCUGCCGCCACUGCCGGCGCUCUCGCUACUACCGACACGGCCGUCGGACACGAUUAACUGCCGGCCACGCGCUCCUAUGCGUUUUCCUAUUUUGUUAACGACGAAAUUAUCGUGAUCGAGCAAGUGAUGUUCAGAUCAUACAUGCAAUUAAAUUUUAAUAAUUUACCUCAAGAACAAGAUAGAAUUCUUCAAUGAAAAUAAAAUGACUGCAAAAGAGUGUUUUGGGUUCAACACAAUCAUGAUAAAACCUAAGUCCAAGCACACCAUUAGACAUAUCUUAGAAUUGCCAUCCAGUUUGCCACCAUCUAAACGUCCCGCUGCUAAACCUCCAGAUGCACCCUGGACGAAGCGAAGAAAACUUAUACUGCCUCCAGUCAACAAACAGAAAUACUUAGAACCUUCACCUUGGUUACAGACCAAUUUCCCAUUCAAGGCGUUUCAACACAAACUCGCCACUGACACUGCUGGUCCAGAAGACCUGUCAGUCCGGCGGGUGAGAUAUACACAAGCAAUGAGCAAAGAAGAAAAACUCCCAUCCAAUGGCGUGGGGUAUGCGGCCCAUCAGGUCGACGGACAAAUGUCGACAUCGAAACGCAAGUCAUCGGGUGACGGGACGGUGGCCUGCAACAAGGCCCAGUCUACAGUAGACGAGACGUUUGCGCACAAGAAAAGAAGAAGGGCACUGAAACAGAUGCAAGAGGUGGCCGCGGACAAGGACAACAACAAAGGCACGUCCGAACAACAGCAGCAACAGCAAGACAACAACAACGGAGGAAGCGGCGCGGCGGCCGCGCAAAAGACUAUGGUGCUACCGAAGAAACGGCCGCUGGCCGGUCAGCCAGGAACCGGGGCGGCCACAGCAGCUGGACAACAGACAGCUGCGGCCACGCCGAAAAAACAGGCAAAGGCCAGCGGUGACGAGGCGGUGGACGACGAGACGCUGAUACGCGAGACGGAAGCAGCGCUGAAGAGCCUGUCGGGUGGGUGGCCGGGCGCACGCCACUCGUUCUACCGGACAGGACACGACGACGACCGGUACGAGUCGCCGGCGUUCGUCAACCUGUUCGACGAGAAGAAGAUUGGAAGCGCCAGCGGCGCACACCCACCGCCACCACCGCCACCGACGGCCAUCAGAGUGGACGAGAACAAAAACAACACAGGUGACGCGAAAAUGGCACAGCAGCAACAGCAACCGCCGCAACAACAACAACGCCGCGACCUCGACCAUAUUUUGCUCAACAAAAUUGACCAGAAUAACAAAGAGUGCGAACAUAACAAGAAACCAGACAAAUACGCGCCGUCCAAGUACGAGCCCGACUUUAACGAGCUGGUUGACGAUUCGUCGGAUGAGCUUGAGAUUGACAUGUCAGCUGACGGUGGUGGCGGCGGAAGCGGCUGCAGUGGCGGCGAUGACAAGGGUGACGGCGAAGGCGGUGGCGACGACGAAGACGAAAACGAAGAUGACGAUGAUGACGAGAGCGGUGGCUGCGGCCGUAGCCGUAGCAGAAGUCACAACGGCGGCGGCGACCGGCUUCGGCGCAAAAUGGACGUGGACCGCCGGAACAACAACAGCCACGUGCGGCCCGAUGAGAUGAUGACUUCCCUGAAGUCUGAGUCCGAGUCGUCGUCGUACGACGCUUACCUGAUGGACAAGACAGCGUUCUCGGCGUUCCGGCCCGUGGCAAGCGGUGGCGUCGGCGAGCCCAAAGACCCAACCCGCCUAGACCUGCCCACCGCGGUCGGCGCGGCCAUGUCUCCUCUGGGACCAUACCCGCCAGCCGGCGCCACUUUCGUGGUCGGUUAUACCGGACCAGGCGGUGGACUCGUCUCAAACGGCGUCGGCGUUUCCGUGGCUGGCGGAGGUGGGCACGGUUCGACGGUCAAACACCUGUUGGCCGGCGGAAACUCAGUGGUUGGCGGCGGCGUCGGCGUCGGUCCGGUGACACCGGUCAAGCCGGUUUGCGUGAAACUGGAGGACGACGGAUGCAGUGGUGGCUCGGGCGACUGUAAGGCGGACGGGGCCGUCAUCAAGAUGGACUCGCCCAGCCCACUGUCCAAGCAGUACACCAUACUGCAGCCAGCCGGCGCCGAUUCCAGAGCGGCCACGGCACUCCAAGACGUGGCCAGGGAAGGCGUGCUUGGUGCUUCGGUGGUGAGUGCGGCUGGAGGCGACGGUCUGUCACCGAGGAUGACGUCCGGCGUCAGCGGCACUACCAAACUCCUUCUCGACCCCGUAGACGGAGGACUAAUGCUACCGGGAUGCAUGAACAACAAAGAUGGGAAUAAAUGUCCAACGCCGGGAUGCACCGGUCAAGGGCACAUCACUGGACUGUACUCGCACCACAGAAGCAUGUCUGGAUGUCCCCGCAAGGAUAAAGUGACGCCAGAAAUUCUGGCCUUGCACGAAACAAUCCUAAAGUGUCCCACUCCCGGAUGUAAUGGCCGGGGACACGUGAGCUCAAACCGAAACACGCAUAGGAGCCUGUCGGGCUGUCCAAUAGCGGCGGCCAACAAACAGGCGUUGCGAGAACGGCAGAAAAAACUGUCACAACAACACAUCGCUGCGCUUACAGUGUGCAACAACGGCGGACUCGAUCAGCAGCAGUACAAGCACAUGGGCAACAUCAAUAAAGACGCGUACCAGCAGAUGGGUGGUCACUACGGCGACCACUGCGGCGGUGGUCCGACUGGCCGGUCACCGGAAUAUUUGACGACGGCAGCGGGGUACUACAGCCCAUCAGCGGUGGGCGCCAAGCUGACGGUUAAACCAUCCAAGAUGUUGCAACACAAGGACAUGGACGCCGGCGGGCCGGAAAUGGACGACGAAAAGCCGGACACGAAACAGCUGCGCCUCAAGUCAGAGAUGGGAUGCUGCGGUGAUGGGACCGCACCAGGAACGCAAGACGAUGCCAUGACCAUCAAGUCGGAAAUGCACUCGGCUGGUUCAUGUCGCUCAGUGACACCCCCGUGCAGCCGACGCACCCCGAUGACCAUGUCGUCGUACGACCACUGUCACGAUUCCAACUCAUCUUCCAUGUCUGGUAGCAUGGACGCCAUGAACCACCAUCAACAGCAACAACAACAACAACAACAACAGCAGCAGCAACAACAACAACAGCAACAGCAACAACAGCAACAACAGCAGCAGCAACAGCAACAACAGCAGCAACAACAACAACAACAACAAAUCCAACAACACGGCAACGGUGGCAUGUCGGGUCAGCAACAACAACACGGUUCGUCCGGAUCGUACAUGAUGAUGGAUAACAACACCAGACUACAACAUAGACCGUACGAACCACAACAGAUAAACGGCGGCAGUAGCGGCCAACAGCAAGACAUGUACAACAGAUCGGUAGCCGCGGCCGCCGACCGCAACUACGCGCUAACCAACAUCAACCGGCCGUCGCCGUCGUAUUCCACUGAAGUCCCGGCCCGGUCAUCGUACGACCACGUGCGGGCCGCCGUCGUAUCCGAAUCCGCUGAACGCGGCCGUGGCCGCAGCCGCUGCAGCGUACGCCGACCGCUACGAAUCCGAUCAGUCGUGCCAACGUUACCCGUCCGAGUACGGGGACUCCGCCGCCGCCGCCAUGUACCAACCACACCAGAUGAUCAUGAAACCUGAACAGCCCGUACAGAUGGACGACACCAUCGAACCGCCACUCUAUCCAAGGCCACUAUACCAGUACGAUGGAGCUAAUCCACCUACGUCCACCGGCGGCGGCCCGGUCAUCCAAUCGGGUUUUCCCACAGCAGCAGCGAUCAAUCUGUCGGUGAAGUGCAUCGCUGCUGCGAGUACCGGGAUGAAGCCACU